CUCUUCCAGGAAGCUGAAGUAAGGAAAGAAAAAGCUGACCAAGGCAAUGAACUGCUGAUUGUCACUGUGUUACAGAACUCAACUGUGCCCAACUCUCCUCCUGCUGAGUGGAAGACACCUGGUCCUGUCUUAGUUCCUCCACCUGUUCCCCAGGAUAGAAGCCCCAGGGACCCUCCCUUUGCAGGGGAUCCAAGAAGGCCACCCCCAUUGCCUCCACCUCCUCCAGGAAAUAUCUAUGCAGGUCCUCCUGCCUAUUUUCCACCAAGGGAUUUCAUUGGCCCACCCUUCCGGUCAUACCCAGGCCAACCACGUACUGAUGUUGCUCUACAAAGGCAAGAUAGAUUUUACUCUAAGUCUGGUAGACGCUCUGGACGGAGAAAGCACACAAUAUGUAAAAUGCCAACUUUGCUUGAAGUGGAUGAGCCAGAAUCGUCAGCAGAACCAUCCACUGAGAAUGAUAACAAAAGUGACCCUGGGAACUCCACUGUGCCCAACACUCCUGCUGCUGAAUGCAAGACACCUGGCCCUGGCUUCAUCCCUCCUCCUGUUCCCCAGGAUAGAGGCCCUAGAGGUCCUCCCUUUGCAGGGGAUCCAAGGAGGCCACCCCCAUUGAUGCCACAUCCUGCAGGAAAUAUCUAUGGGAGUCCCCCAGAUUUUUUUCCAACAAGGGACUUCGUUGGCCCACCCUACCCACCAUACCCAGGCCAACCAUAUUGUGAUAAUUUUCUACAAAGGCAAGAUAGAUUUUACUCUGAAUCUGGUAGACUCCCUGGACGAAGACACCACGGAAAUUACAAUACACCUCAUUUGCUUGAAUCGGAUGAGCCAGAAUUGUCAGCAAUGCCACCCUCUAAGAGUGAUAACAAAAGUGACCGUUGUAACUCCACUGUGCCCGCCACUCCUCCUGCUGAAUGCAAGACACCUGGCCCUGGCUUCAUCCCUCCACCUGUUCCCCUGGAUAGAGGCCCCAGAGGUCCUCCCUUUGCAUGGGAUCCAAGAAGGCCACCCCCAUUCCCACCGCCUCCUCCAGGAAACAUCUAUGAAGGUCGUCCAGACUAUUUUCCACCAAGGGACUUUCCUGGCCCACCCUUUCCACCAUACCCAG